AUGCAAGCAUCAGCCCGUAAAGCCCGAAGAACUGCAAACGCAUGCGUCGCAUGUCGUCAGAGCAAGAUAAAAUGCUCAGGUGAAGAGCCCUGCAUUAAUUGCCAGAGGCGCUCGGUGCGAUGUGAGUUUGCGGAGGGCGUCAACCGGGUCGUGGUCUCGGAGAGGUUCAAGCCCUGCACCAGAUAUCUGCGACGCUUGGAGGCGCAGGUUCGUAGCCAGAAGGCGCUGGCCACCAUGAAGAAUCCGAUCAUGUCUCCUUCGGACACACCUACGGUGGCUAGAGACAGCUGUCCGACUGAAGCUGCAUUGUCAACCUCCGGUUCCGCACCCUCGCGAGAAACGUCACCUGUGAGCCAACAGCGAAGCACCUGGACAAGUCCUUUCGCUCUCCCGUCGACGACCAUCAAGAACACAAAGGAUAACAAGCGAACGUGGAUCUGGCUGGCACCGUCGUCCAUGUGGUCAUUCACCACCCGCCUCACCAUCCUGAUGACAGAGAAGUUGCAUCAUCAAUAUCCCCACAACGCCCCGACCUUGCGAGCCAACGAAAUCUAUCCCCUCCGCUGGGAGGUUCGUCCAGCCAGCAGACCUCCGGACAUAGCCGACCUGCCGUCUCUCGAUUACUCGCUGUACCUAUUCAACACGGUGAAGUUCCAUUUAGGACAGUUGCGCUUCUUCAACGAAGAGCAAUUCGUCGAGCGUCUGCAGGAAUUCUACCACGGUAACCCCGUCGCAGUAGCCACAGAAUACCGCCUUUGGUUCAUCCAGCUCCUUCUGGUCUUAUCGUUUGGAACAGCUCUGCUGUGUCGGUCGAAAAGCCCGGAUCAGCCCCCGGGCUCACGGUUCUUCGCCCGCGCCAUGUCUUUGAUGCCUGACCAUGCGUCUCUGUGGAAGGAUAGCUUGUUGGCGAUAGAGGUACUGGCCCUGGCCAGUCUGUACCUAUAUUCGAUCGACCAAAGGGAAUCCGCCCAUAUAUAUCUCGGGCAAGCGAUCCGAAUCGCACAAUACGAAGGCAUGCACACCCAGCUCUCCGAGGAGCAGCUGGGGUCCAAGACCGUGGCCCGAUGUCGUAGUCUCUGGUGGACGCUGUACAUCAUGGACCGGCACUUCUCCUACUCGGUCGGACUGCCGAUGACCACCCAGGAUCGGGAUAUCAGCACGCCAAUCGAUCCUCCAGAGCACUGCUCCCAGCAGGAUCUUGCUCUGAGUCUCCACGCGAAGCUGUCCCGACUGCUGUCGUAUAUUCUGAGCACGGUAUACAAUGCGGAAAGAACACAGUUGCACGUCUUUCUGGACACCACGAAAUCGAUCCUCCAGACCCUGGCGGGACACGCCCAGGAAAUGGAGGAGAUCAUCCAGAUCCGACUGCGCAACUCGCUGGACACGAUGCCCCGAGGCACGCAGCACAUCACCCUAUUAUAUCACCAGUGCGUAAUCGUAGCCACCCGGCCCCUCCUCCUCUCCGCCCUGAUCGACCGCCUCGAAACCCUCACCCACGACGGCCUCGACACCAAAGAUUUUCUCGCCCUCACCAAGCCCCUCCUGUGCAUCGGCAUCAAAUCCGCCGUCAAAACCAUCGAGAUCCUUUCCGGCACCGACAGUCUUCUCGAAGUAUUCCUCCUCUACGACCUCGAAUUCACCUACGACGCCGCCAUUCACCUUGCCCUGGCCCGCACCCUGUUCCCGGAACUCCUCGACACUGCCCCCACACCAGAUAGUCCCUCCACGCACUUCAUCCUCGACGCAAUGAUUUACCACGGCAACCGCAUCGCGCUCGCCCGGAAGGAAGGGCUGAUGCACCUCGAGCGGCUGCUGGACGAGGUGGCGGUGUCGGUGGCGGGCCGGGGUCGUCGCCCCGACCGCCCCGGCCGCCCUUCCUCUUCCUCGUGGCAUACGCAUACACCGGCGAGUCUGCAGGUACCGGCGGGGGAGUUGGGUGGUCCGUCGUUCACGGCGGUGGAGGAUCCGCAGCUGGCGAAUGUGGAGUUUUUGGAGCAGAUUGGGAUCUCGUCUGCGGAGUUCCUGUCUAUCGUGGCGCAGAUAGGGCCGGUGGAUGGGGUAGACGGGGUGGAGGGUGGGUUUGGGGAGUGA